AACUACCACUUUGUGGACGACACACAAAACGCAGGAGCAAUUACAGUUUAAUUGGGGGAGGAGCCUUUAUUAAAAGCGAAUCCUCAGGUGAACCUUCAGAGAUGAAAAUCGACAUUCACAGUCACAUUCUGCCCAAGGAGUGGCCUGAUCUAAAACAGAGAUAUGGCUAUGGAGGAUGGAUCCAGCUGGAGCAACACAAUAAGGGGGAAGCAAAGAUGGUAAAAGAUGGGAAAGUUUUCAGAGUUAUCCAAGACAACUGCUGGGAUCCAGAAGUUCGAAUAAAACAGAUGGACAAGUCAGGAGUCACUGCCCAAGUCCUUUCCACAGUUCCUGUCAUGUUUAGCUAUUGGGCCAAACCACAUGAUACACUAGACCUGUGCCAAUUAUUAAACAAUGAUUUAGCUGCUACAGUCAUGAAGUACCCAAAGAGGUUCAUUGGCCUUGGCACACUCCCCAUGCAAGCUCCAGAUCUGGCUGUGAAGGAAAUGUAUCGCUGUGUGAAUGAACUUGGAUUUCCUGGUGUUCAGAUAGGAUCUCAUGUGAACAACUGGGACCUGAAUGCCCCAGAGCUCUUUCCUGUCUAUGCCGCUGCUGAACAUUUAAACUGCUGCCUCUUUGUGCAUCCCUGGGAUAUGCAGACAGACGGAAGAAUGUCUAAAUACUGGUUCCCUUGGCUUGUAGGUAUGCCCUCAGAAACAACCAUUGCUAUUUGUUCCAUGAUAAUGGGAGGGGUCUUUGAAGUUUUCCCCAGGCUGAAGGUUUGCUUUGCCCAUGGAGGUGGUUCUUUUCCUUACACAAUUGGGCGCAUUUCUCAUGGAUUCAAUGUGCGACCUGAUUUGUGUGCAGUACAUAAUAAAACUGAUCCAAAGAAAUACCUUGGUUCAUUCUACACGGACUCCCUCGUCCAUGAUGCGCUUGCUCUGAAGCUCCUGACAGAUGUAGUGGGAAAGGACAAGGUAAUAUUGGGAACUGAUUAUCCAUUCCCACUUGGAGAACAUGAACCUGGAAAACUGAUUGAAUCCAUGGAGGACUUUGAUGAGGAAGUGAAGGAUAAGCUCAAGUUUGGCAACGCCCUUGCAUUUUUGAAUCUUGACAGAAAGCAGUUUGAAUAACAUUGGGAUGCAUUGAACAUCCAACCUCGACGGCUCUAACUACAACGGGAGAAAAUGCAGACCAGGCGCCACUUGCGAAGCAAUCCCAAAGUACCAUCUAGGUUGCCGGAAACUGUUGUUCCCCAAAAGAACAGUGGAUUUGUGUCUGAUGGGCUGCAGCGAAUUAACUUGCAGGAUUAGAGGAUGGAAAAAACAAAGGCUUUAUUCACAGUUUGCAUAGAAAGGGGAGCUUGGCAAUCAUUUGCAGAGCAAACAUCAACAUCUAUCAAUUUACACAUCUUUUUUUAAAGCUUUCUAACUAAUAACCUGUUACAAUCUGAUGGGCUGUAUGCCACCUGUAUUGUCAUGGGUUGAUCAGUUUGCUUAUGACCUGCAAGAAAAGUUAACAUGGUGCACAAUAAUUGUGCACUCUCUAUGAAAACAAUCCAGAGCUAGGUACCAACUCUAAAUGACCUGAGAAUAGUAUUUAAUUUUUCUUAGUAUAGCAGUCAUCACUACUACAAAUAUUUAAGGACGGUUUGAGGAUUUUAUGUAAAACCAUGCAGCUGCAGUCUUAGUGAAUUGAAUCCCAUGCCAAUUCUUCAUUUGUAUGUAUAUAUUAGCUUCGGUACCCAGUGUUGCCUGAGUUAUUUGAAAAAAAUCAAAAUUGUAAUUGUACAAAAUGCAUAAGGUUGCGGGUGAAUUACAACUCACAUCAUGCCAGGUUAACCCCGAGAAACUCCAUCAGUACUUAAAGUUUGUUAUGUUGGGCAAGUUUGCUUUAGAUGCAUCAUCAGUGGGGUUGAAUGUUCUCUUUGGUUGUAGGGUAAACUGCAACUCCCACUAUGGUGUCUGUCCCCUCAAACUCCUCCAGUAGGUUGAGUUAGUCACGAGGGUUCUGUGUGCCACGUUUGGUCCAGGUCCAUCAUCAAUGGAGGUUACAGUUUCCCUGGUUGUGGGUGAACUACAACUCCCAGAAUAGAAGGUCAGUUCCCCCCAAACCCCUCCAGUAAUCAAAUUUCGGCAUAUAAGGUAUGUGUGCUGAGUGUGCUCCAGAUCCAUCGGUGUUUGGGUUCACACUGCUCUGAAUGUAGGUGAACUACAGACCCCCCCCCCCCCCCCAAAUCAAGGUGAAUUUUCCCCAGAGACGUCCAGUAUCUUUUGCUGGUCAUGGUGGCUCUGUGUGCUAGGUUUGGUCUAAUUUCAUCUUUGUUGGAGUUCAGAGUGCUCAUUGAUUGCAGGUGAACUAUAAAUCCCAAUACCUACAACUCCAAAAUGUCCAGGCCAAUUCCCCUCAAAACUCUCCAGUAUUCAAAUUUGAGCAUAUUAAGAAUGCAUGCUAAGUUUGGUCCAGAUCCAUCGUUGUUUGGGUUCAUAGUGCACUCUGGAUGUAGGUGAACUACAACUCCUAUAAAUCCCUCUAAAGACCGCCAGUAUUUUUUGUUGAUCAUGGGGGUUCUGUGUGCCAAGUUAGUUCCAGGUCCAUUGUUGGUGGAGUUCAGAGUGCUCUUAGAUUGCAGGCGAACGAUACAUCCCAAUACCUACGGCUCCUAUAAAUCAUGGUGAAUUCUCCCCAAACAUCUCUAGUAUGUUCAGUUGCUGAUCAAUUCCUCUGUUUGCUGUGUGCCAUAAAAAAUAGGAAAAUCCACAUACAUACAUACAUAUGUUCACUUUUAUUAUGUGUAUAGAUUAGUUUCUGUUUGUUAAUCACUUCAGUGGCAGUUUUCAUCAAUGUUUUGUGCAUUAUCUUCCUGGAAAAAAUGGCACUGUCAGAAUUAAGAUUGACUAGGCUUAAAUCCAAUGGUUGGCCUGAUAACACUAGACUUACUACGGACAUUAGUCUUGACUUUCCCAAUGAUUUAAUGGUUUUUCUCGACUUGGUACUUAGACAACAGAUUUGGGAGAUCUUCUUGUUAUCUGCAGGUUGGAAAAAUUAUUCUCUCCCAGGAAGAGUUAUCAAUGCUUUAUUCUAAACACGUGCAUCCCCCUAUCUGAAAUGCUUAGGACCAGAAGUAUUUGGAUUUCAGAUUCUGGAGUAUCUGGAUUUGUAUAUACAUAUACAUAUGUAAAAGGGAAUUUUCAGGGAUGUUUCCAAUACAUCAUGCGACAUGUGGGGCUUGAGGAAUCCAAGGCCGGAGUUAAAAUUGCUGGAAGAAACAUUAAUAACCUUACGUAUGCAGAUGAUACCACUCUGAUGGCCGAAAGUGAGGAAGAGCUGAGGAGCCUUAUCACCAGGGUGAAAGAAGAAAGUGGAAAAGCUGGGUUGCAGUUAAAUGUCAAGAAAACUAAGAUCAUGGCAACUACACCUAUUGAUAACUGGCAAAUAGAAGGAGAAAACGUGGAGGCAGUAACAGACUUUAUAUUUCCAGGUGCGAAGAUCACUGCAGAUGCAGACUGCAGCCAGGAAAUCAGAAGACAUUUACUUCUUGGGAGGAGAGCAAUGGCCAACCUUGACAAAAUAGUGAAGAGCAGAGACAUCGCACUGGCAACGAAGGUCUGCAUAGUCAAAGCAAUGGUAUUCCCCAUAGUAACCUAUGGAUGCGAGAGCUGGACCAUAAGGAAGGCUGAGCGAAGGAAGAUAAGACGCUUUUGAACUCUGGUGCUGGAGGAAAAUCCUGAGAGUGCCUUGGACUGCAAGAAGAUCCAGCCAGUCCAUCCUCCAGGAAAUAAUGCCCGACUGCUCACUGGAGGGAAGGAUAUUAGAGGCAAAGAUGAAGUAUUUUGGCCACAUCAUGAGGAGACAGGAAAGCUUGGAAAAGAUCACGAUGCUGGGGAAAAUGGAAGGAAAAAGGAAGAGAGGCCGACCAAGGGCAAGAUAGAUGGACGGUAUCCUUGAAGUGACUGGCUUGACCUUGAAGGAACUGGGGGUGGUGACGGCCGACAGGGACCUCUGGCAUGGACUGGUCCAUGAGGUCACAAAGAGUCAGAGAUGACUAAACAACUGAGCAGCAGCAGAUUCCAAUAAUUAUAGAUCCCAUAUGUCCUGAUUUAUUGCCUUAUGACCUGAUUUGCAAAGGCCCUUGUGAGGCCCAUGUUUGAGAAAACGCUGAUGGUUUGGGAAAACAUCACUGCAGAGAGGAAGUUACUUUUCAAGGAUAAAAGUACAUCAGGAAAAAACUAGUUAGCUUGUACUAAGUUUCCUAGCCGUUUGGAGUUAUGCUUGCAACAGAGAAAAUAGAGAGAAGAGGGAGAGGGAGGCGUUUUCUCUCCCUCUUCCUCCGGCUGCCUCAGGAAGAUGUGAAGAAGGAGGCGGUGGCGGAGGGGGAGAGAGACGCAGCAGCAGAGGCAGCCAUGCACACGGUGGGGUACAAGUUUCCUCCCAUGCCUCCUCGCGGCUCCGGGCCUUCUUCCACAUGGAGCCCGCCCGCCGCCUCGGAACAGCUGGUGGGAGCCUUUGAGCUCCUCAAAGGUAAACAAGGAAGGCACGGGAAGAAGCAAUUUUCCAUUAAAGCUUCCUUUUGAGCCUCCCUCCCUCGAGGCACCUUCCUGCUGCCUCAGUUUCAAAGGUUUCUCAAAUGCCGCCUCUCAAGUUUGCCCUUCCCCUCUGCACCCCCUGGAGGGGCUCCCUCCAUGCUCCUCCAUGCAUGGGGUGCAAAAGUCCCUUCCCUCCUUGCCACGCCUCACCCCCCUGCAGUGCGUCGGAUAAUACGGUGUGUUGGAUAAACGGAAGUCGGAUAACCGGAACUCUACUGUAGUUAUAGGACUCAAGAAGAUUUGGAGUCAGAUACAAAUGGUGACAUUGCUAGAAGCAGUGAGCCAGCACUCGUGUUUAUUGUGAUAAGCUUUUCUUGAAUAAACUGUUCCUGGUUAUUUAA